UUAUACACCCCCUCCCUCCUUCCCCUCUCCAUCCUAACCCCUUCCUCGCAACACCAUGUGCAACUCCAAGAUCGACGGCCGGCCGGCCCUCCAGCCAACCAUCAACCACCACUCCGCCUCACCCGACCCAACUAAAUACACCAAAAAGCCAACUUCUCCUUCAUCAAAAACAGUUUUGAAGAGAAGGAAUGAUCCUAACUGGCUUACUUCAAGCAGCGAGAAGCCACCCACCCCAAAGUCCGCCGCAAAGCAGCCCAUCGUUGUCCGAAAGAAAUCAAAAAAAGUUUUUGCAGGGGGAAUUCAAGGUUUGGAGACCAUGGCUGCAGCGGGAAGCAUUGCGGCGGCGCAGAGGGACCAAGCGUUUCUGAUGAAGCAGCAGAGAAAACUGCGGGUUGCGCAGUAUGGAAGAACGGCGGCGAAGCUUCAGAGUGAAGUGGUGGCUGUUGAUUCAGUGAGUAAUGGGGAGGUGAAUCAGGAGGAGAAGAGAUGCAGUUUUAUUACAUCUAAUUCAGAUCCUCUUUAUGUGGCUUACCAUGAUGAGGAAUGGGGUGUUCCUGUUCAUGAUGACAAAAUUUUGUUCGAGUUGUUAGUACUGAGUGGGUUUCAAGUAGGACUGGAUUGGACCACUAUAUUGAAGAAGAGAAAGAAAUACAGUGAAGCUUUCGCUGGGUUUGAAGCAGAGGAGGUGGCAAAAUUCACAGAAAGACAGAUUAGCUCAAUCUGCUUAGACUACGGAAUUGAGCAGGGGAGGAUCCGAGGCGUAGUAGACAAUGCUAACAGAAUUCUUGAGGUGACCAAGGACUUCGGUUCUCUGGACAAAUAUUUCUGGAACUUUGUCAACCACAAGCCACUCGACCCAAGUUACAAAUCCUGCCGGAAAAUCCCUCCCAAGACCUCCAAGUCGGAGUCCAUAAGCAAAGACCUCGUCCGCCGCGGCUUCCGCUCCGUCGGCCCGACCAUCAUCCAUUCUUUCAUGCAAGCGGCCGGCCUCACCAACGAUCACCUCCUCUCCUGCCCUCGCCACCACCACCUCCUCUCCUUGCACUGAACCCCUAAUAUUUCCAACGUUCAUUAAUUAUCUUAACUUCCUUACUAUGACUGUAUAGCUUUGGUAUCUAUUCCUCUACUUUGUGAUGACUUUAGGGUUAGGGUUAAUUGCAUGUGGUGAUAUGUAUAUGUGUUGAGGAAAGUGGAACUUUGUGCAUGUGGGAUGCUAGGCAGCUGCAUGUGUUGUGUGUCAGGCUUGGCUUUUUUGCAUGUGAGUGAGAUCAGCACGCCCUAAUUAUUGUUCCAUAGACCCACCAUUCUCUUUCA